UGCCCUAUUAGCAAGACACAUAGAGAGUUAGAGAUACGCUUCCCAAGAGAGAAGAAAGCCAUCAAGGGUUCUUGCUUCUGUAGAGGUUGUCUAGAAACCAGAAGAAAGGAUUAAAAAAAUGUCUAAGGAAGUGAGUGAAGAAGGGCAAACUCACCACAGAAAGGACUAUGUGGAUCCACCACCAGCUCCUCUUCUUGACCUUGGUGAGGUCAAGCUCUGGUCUUUCUACAGAGCUCUUAUCGCUGAGUUUGUCGCCACUCUCCUCUUCCUUUACGUUACCAUUGCCACCGUUAUCGGCCAUAAGAAACAACAUGACGCAUGUGAUGGAGUCGGUCUUUUGGGUAUUGCAUGGGCCUUUGGUGGCAUGAUAUUUGUCCUUGUUUACUGCACUGCUGGUAUUUCUGGCGGCCACAUUAACCCUGCAGUUACAUUUGGGUUGUUCUUGGCCAGAAAGGUGUCUCUAAUCAGGGCUUUGGCAUACAUGAUCGCUCAGUGUUUGGGAGCUAUUUGUGGCGUUGGGUUGGUGAAGGCUUUCAUGAAGCACUCGUACAACUCUCUCCGCGGCGGUGCAAACACCGUGGCUCCCGGCUACAGCAAGGGCACUGCUUUGGGCGCUGAGAUUAUUGGUACCUUUAUGCUUGUCUACACUGUCUUCUCCGCCACUGACCCCAAAAGAAGCGCUCGUGACUCACACGUGCCUGUUUUGGCUCCUCUCCCAAUUGGGUUCGCUGUGUUCAUUGUUCACUUGGCCACAAUCCCCAUCACGGGAACUGGCAUCAAUCCCGCUAGGAGUUUCGGUGCUGCUGUCAUUUACAACAAUGAUAAAGCCUGGGAUGAUCAAUGGAUCUUCUGGGUUGGGCCAUUCGUCGGAGCACUGGCUGCAGCGGCAUACCACCAGUACAUUCUGAGAGCGGCUGCUAUCAAGGCAUUGGGAUCAUUCCGCAGCAACCCUUCCAACUAAGAAAACAAAAUCGAACUCAAAACCCCACCAAAAUAGCUUUUUCUUCUGUAUCUGUUUCGUAUGUGUGUAUGAGAAGGGAUUAUUGUGUCUCUUUUUCCAUUUUCCUUUAUUUAUAAUCUAAUCUUUGAAUUGUAGUUUGUCUCUGUGAAUCAUUGUGAAUGAGUAGUGAUGGUGUUGUGUCUUCUUCUCUCCAAUGAUUUGUUCUAGUGUGGUGGUUAAUUAAUUUUAAUCCUUUAUCUCUCUC